GAUGAAGAGUCUUUGCCACUAUAAACCUGGUGAAAAUAAAUGUGAAUGUAAUUUUUAAAGAAGAAACGGUAGCAUUUUAGAUUUCCACUGUUGUAGAUUUUUCUCAUAGUAGGUGGAAGGAUGGCAUGGAAAUGGAAGUACUCCCCCAAGGAACAGCUGGAGGAUACGAGCAGCCUGCACCCAGGGCUCACAGGGCUGCAGAACCUGGAGAACACGUGCUACAUGAACGCGGUGCUGCAGUGCCUCUGCAGCCUGACCCCGCUCGUGCAGUAUUUCCUCUCAGGGAAGUGGAACACAGCCCUGCAUGAGGAGAUUGGAGAGUCUGCAACUGCCUUUGGCUGUUUGGUGUCUGACAUGUGGCUUGGAGAGUUUGACUUUGUUUCCCCUGAGGCUUUUCACUCUGUCUUUGGGAAGCGGUACCCAGCUUUUAGCAGGAGGACUCAGCAUGAUGCACAGGAGUUCCUCAUCUGUGUGCUGGAUGACCUCCACGAGGCUUUCAAGCAGCCAAACCAAGAAAGACAGAGCUCUGCUGCAGGAGCAAGCACAAGGAGUAGCAGUGGCACAUCUAUAAUAACACACUUAUUUGAGGGACAGCUCAGUUAUGCCAUCAGAUGUCUGACAUGCAAAGCCCUCAGUGACAAACCCGAGAGCUUCACUGUCCUCUCCCUGCCCAUCCCUUCCACCAGAGUGUGCUCUCUGCAGGACUGCCUGGAAUGCUUUUUUCAGCCAGACACACUGACUCGGAACAACCAAAUCCACUGCUGCUGGUGUGGAAGCAACCAAGAUGCAACAGUAACGGCCUCCAUAACCAAGGCACCACAGAUCAUCAUCUUUCAUCUAAAGAGGUUUGCCUGGCAGGACAAGCACAGAAGGAAACUCUCAACCACUGUCUGCUAUCCAUUCAGUGAUCUGGAUCUCUCUCCCUACAUCUCCACAUCAUGUCACAACAAUACAGAGUACAGCUUGUGUGCUGUAGUGGUAAGCUUUGCCUUCCUGCUUUUAUUGGGAAUGCCCUGGCUCAUGGAACAGAUGAAGCCUGUGUUGGUUUGGACUAAUGUUAUAAUGAUUUAUAAUUUAAUGCAUGUUUUGUUGUAUGCUUUUUUCACCAGCCAUGGACAUAAUCCAGUAACAGUACGUAACUGA